AUGCUCACCAAGUGUCUAUUGGUUACUAUUUUCGUAAUCCAGGCCUGUUUGGCCAAAUCCUUGGAACCCCGUAUCACGGAUGGCGUCCCCGCCACUCGUGGUGAAUUCCCAUACCAAGUUUCUGUCCAAUGGGGAAUUCCACCCUUAACUCAAUACAGCCACUCGUGCGGUGGAUCCAUCUUGAACGAAAGAUACGUCCUGACCGCUGGACACUGCGUCAUGAAAGUUGGAAAGUCUAGAGUGAUUGCUGGCAAAUACGAGCUGAACAAGGAUGAAUCUUCUCAACAAGUCGUUAACGUGGCAAGGAGUAUCGUUCACAAAGGAUACAAAGGUGGAGUUGCGCAACACGACAUCGCUCUUCUCGUCCUGAGCUCCCCCUUGAAAUUCAACAACUUGGUACAACCUAUUACCCUGCCCAAACAAGGAGAGAAACAAACUGGACAAGCUGUACUCUCUGGAUGGGGAUCAAUCUCUAAAACAGUAAAACCAACCUUACCAAACAUCCUUCAAAAGGCUAAUGUACCUAUCCUGGACAACGCUGAAUGCUUGAAAGAACUCACUUCCCAAUCCGUUGUUGGAAACCAACCUGAAUUGUUCGACACUCAAGUCUGUAGUGGUAUCGCUGGCAAAGAGGUGUCUGCCUGUUCUGGUGACUCUGGCGGCCCGCUCGCCCAAAAGGUGGGUCAAAAAUCUGUACAAGUUGGUAUCGUUUCAUGGGGUAUGAUGCCCUGUGGAUCAUCUCACAUGCCCUCCGUAUAUACUCGUGUGGCCUCUUACGUAAAUUGGAUCCAUGAAAAUAUGUCUUAA